AGUUGACAGUGCGUGCGCUCGAAGCAGAUUCUCGAUCUUCCCGCAAGGGUUGUAGGUUGAUCCAGAUGGCUUCUCCGGUCGAUAGUAGCACGAGUUCUGCUGAAUUGGCCAUCUGUCGUCUGGUUGAACAAACAAGCGGGCAUAAAACGCCCAAAUGUCUUGGCCCUGCUUGCCUUGUAUUUUUGAAAAGCACGGAAACUAAAGUUGUCCGAGGAAAAAACUGGACCACCAAGUCUACUGGUGGGAAUUAUUUCGUGGCUGUUAGCAGGCAAGUACUAACGAAAGAACAUCUCAAAGCGCUUGAAAAGAGAGCAAAAGAGAAGUCUUUUUUCGAACCCUCGGUGAAGAUCGUGGCCGAAUUCCCAGAUGCGAACGACAAAAGUAAAAUUGAACGCAAAACUCUGAGUAAGUUGUGUCGCUCAUUUGAGAACGAUGUGUUCGAGAUGGAAGGAGCUAUUUACAUGGCUGUGCAACCAGGUCGAUUUGGAAAAAGUAGAGCUUUGGAAGUCGUCGAUCUGGAGGAGGAUACUACAUCCUCACUGUUAAGUUCUGACCAGCUUUAUUGCUCUGUUCUUUGCGGUGAAAGAUCAACAACUCCAGGAAAAUAUGCCAAGACUGCAGGUUUGGCAACAAAGUUGUACAACAUCCUGCGGUUGGACGGCGACGAUUCAGACGAGAAGAGAGCUCAGGGAUAUUUCUUGCGAAGUAAGGAGGAGGAGCGGCUUCUAUCAGAGGAUGAAUUUGCCGCUGAGGAGAAACCUCUAGGAUCGAUCAUUCUUAGCAAAGAAAAGAAGUUUGCUGGCUUUCUGAACUUCAUCGACAAACGGCCUUCACCCCUUAUUUUCGGCUCUGCGUCCGAGUCAGGCUCUUUCAAUAAUGGCCAUCAUCCAUUGCAUGGAACAGCUGGUAGAGACAGAGAGGAGCAUAAUAAAUUUGAAAGGGAGGACUUGGUUGUUGCCUCAGGAGGGGUUUUUCCACCUCUUUAUCCGUGCAUAAAGGAAGAAGUAAGAGCAAAGGAAGGUCACAUACCUGCUAACACACCUUCCACAGGAGGUCAGCAUGAGGCAGAUUCAGAUCAAAGAGGUGUAAACAGAGGUGAAGAGGAUUCAGAAUUCCUAAGUGGACCUGAUCCAUCUCCAACUGGAAGGGAAAAGGAGUGUUCUGGGGGAAGUGGUCAAGGUGGCAUUGAAGAACAAUCAAAUUCUCCCAUUGAAAACUCCUAUAGAUCUGUUGAUUCCCACAAAAGUGUAGAUCUGAAAGGAGUAUUGGAGGUGGUUCCUGACUUACCUGCAGUAAAUGGCAAAGAGAAAAUGCAGGGAGGUGAAGGAGUGAUGCAAGCUCAAAGAAAAUCCCAGGAGAUCAAGGCAGACCAGGUACCUCCUGAAUCCCAGACGUUUUUAGCACCUUCAGGACUAAUCCAUACACCCGAGAGAACCCACUCAGAAAAUGUUAUUAUCUGUAACAGUGAGAGGCAAGGGGUUUCUGCAGCAGGCUUGGAAACUCUUGGCAAUGGCAUUCACCAGCAAGACAGCGCAAGAAAUCAGUUCCCUCAACAAAGAUGCGCAACUUUUCCAGUGUUUGAUCAAGGGCAGCUUAAAAAACUUCCAGUGAAACGCACAACCUCAGCAGGGCCUGUCAUGAUCAGAGCUGACAAGAAAUUUCAGUUAGAUCAACCAUUCGCAGAUACCAUACUAGGUUGUCUAGACCUGUUAGAGGCUCUGGGCAGGUGCCUAGAUAAAGAAUAUAGAUAUGGGCAUUGCAAAUGUUGGAAACAUCUCAGUGAGCAUUUUGGUAUUUCUGAAGCAGUGUAUCGGAGCUUCAAAUUACAAAAAGAAAAUAGUCCAACAGAAUUAAUGUUUGAAUAUUUACAGUCAAGUCUGCCAGAUAUUACAGUGGAAAGUCUUAAAGAUGCACUAAUCCAGAUUGAGAGGAAUGAUGUCAUCAAUGUACUCAUUAAAUAUGAGAUUUGCAAUCCACCUGUGAAUGAUAGAACUUUGGUAAGCAGUCUCUUUAACUGUGGCAGUAACUCAGACAUCAUUGGAGAAAUAGCUCUUCUUUUAGAUGUGGAGAAACGUGGAUUAAAAAAUUGGUCUGACUUAGCCCCCAUUCUGGGUAUAACUCGGGCCAUAUUCCAAAGCUUUGAGGAUUCAAGCAGUGAGAAUCCAACGGAGCAGGUGUUUGAAAUUUUGGAAAAGCAAAUCCCUCAACUGACAGUCAAGGAACUGAUCGGGCAUCUGGAGGCUAUUGGGCGGCAAGAUGUCAUCCGUGCCAUCAAGAGCAGUACAGAGGUCACAGAGAGUUCUAUGAUAAAAGAAUUGAAUGAAGACAUAAAUGUCAUGGAUGAAAUCUGUGAUAUGUUGAAUACCAAGAAACGUGCCAAGAAAGUCAAGGGAUUAAGACACCUGGGUAACAAAUUGAAUAUCAAAAAGGAGAUUCUGGAUGACAUUUUACCAGCCCAAGAAGAAAGGGAAGGCCCCACAGAGGCUCUUCUUCAGCAUCUCAGAGGAGCAAAACCAUGGUUGAAACUGCCAGACUUGGUUUGGGCUUUACACAAAAUCAACCGACCUGAUGCCCUUAAUGUGUUGGAUCCCUAUUUACCAGGUAAAGACUUUAGGGUGUCUACACUAUUUAAACUCUUCAGAAAUAAUUUUAAGGUAAAAUAGUGCACACUUUUCCACAAACAACAUCCAAACUGUCAAAAUCCAAGGAUUUCUUAGGAUGCAAGACAA